GCCGCGGGGCCGCCAUGGGUGACGCGUUCGGCGGGGCGGAGUCGGGCACGCAGCUGCGUGCACGACUCGAGGGCAGAAGUUCUCUGAAGAAUCUCGAGCCUUGUCUGUUUGCUGAGGAAGGAUCUCCUGUUCAUGGAGAUGUUAUUGAAUUCCAUGGCCCAGAAGGGACAGGCAAAACAGAAAUGCUUUAUCACCUGCUGGCCCGCUGCAUCACUGCCAAGGCACAGGGAGGGCUGGAAGUGGAAGUGAUGUUUGUUGACACCGAUUACCACUUCGAUAUGCUCCGCCUGGUCACCAUUCUUGAGAACAGGCUGGCACAGGGGACAGAAGAAAUGAUAAAGCAGUGCCUGGGAAGGCUCUUCCUUGUCAGCUGCAGUAGCAGCACUCAGUUACUGCUGACUCUCUACUCUCUAGAAAACCUGUUCUGUGCUCACCCCUCGCUCUGUGUUUUGAUUUUAGACAGUUUAUCAGCUUUUUAUUGGAUAGACAGAAGCAAUGGAGGGGAGAGUCUUACCUUGCAGGAGAUGAACCUGAAGAAAUGUGCUAACUUCCUUGAAAAGCUUGUGACACAGCACCACUUGAUCCUCUUUGCAACAACACAGACACUAAUGCAGAAAUCUGCAAACUCUGCAGAAGGCUUUUUACCUUCAAAACUUCCACAUGAAACUGAUACAGACUACAGACCAUAUCUCUGUAAGUCAUGGCAGCAAAUGGUAACACACAGGAUGUUUUUCUCUAAGCAGUGUAAUUCUGGCAACAGCAAAGGUUUUACUGUAGUUUCUUGCCACCUCAAAAGAAACCAGAUAGUAAAACGUUCAUUUAGUGUUGCAGAAUGUGGAGUUCAGUUUUAACUUCAGUUUAUUUUGUAAACAUUUAUCAAAUCUUGGUGCUUCAUGCCUGAUUAGGUCUAAGUACCUUCUCAUAACUUUUCAACUACCUGGUUGUUGCUGGGUGAUUAAUAAUUGUUGUCACCAUUUUCUUGAAAUUCAGUGAAGGGCAGGGAAAGGUAAUUUUUUUUAAUUACUUCAGCAAUUCCAUCCAAACUAUAGAAGACUGUUGACAUUACUUGUUUGUGCUUAAUCAAGAAAAUAGUAACAAGACACAUUAAAUCCUGGUAUCCUUCAGCAGUCUAACCAAUGUGGCCAAAUGCCUGUUGGA